AUGGACGACGACAAUCAUCAUCGCAUCGAGGAGAAUGAGAUAGAGGAGAUCAUCGAAGACGACGAUGCCGAGAUGAAGUACGCUAGUGAUGAUGAUGAGGAUCAGCAGAGCACUUCAAACGCCGACGUUCCAGCCGAGAUCAUCGAUGACUCUCUGAUGUCUCUCCAGGCUCACGCUCAAGACUGUUUUACUGUAGCCUUAGCUUCAAAUCGCUGGCUAGCCACUGGCGGCGAGGACGACGUUGCCUAUCUUUUCGACCAGAAUGUCUCGGAAAAUGAGCCAAUUUUGAAAAUCGAGCACAAGGAUUCGGUGACUCAAGUCAUGUUCAAUUCCAACGAGACACUGUUGGCUACCGGCGAUUUGAGUGGGAAAAUUAUGAUUUCAGAGGUGGCGACGAAGAAGAUUCGCGCUGAGAUUGACGAGUGCAACGACCUGGAAUGGAUGCGUUGGCACCAAACGGCCGACAUUCUAUUCGCCGGCGACAAAGACGGAAUCCUAUGGAUGUGGCUGAUUGGAAAUAAAGGAAUCGCGCAGUCCAAGGUCUACUCUGGAAAUGGAGCCUCCUGCACAGUUGGAUGUCUCAUGCCGGACGGAAAACGCAUUCUUUGUGGCUAUUCCGAUGGAAUCGUUCGCAUGUGGCUGCUCCGCGAAGAAACCAGCACCCACCUCUAUUUCCACUCUCCAAUCACCGCAAUCGAUCAUCACGUCUCCCAAACGGUAGCCAUCAUUGGAACACAAUCAGGAACUGUGAACGUAGUGAAUACGGCGUCUCCGGACAAUGUCCUCAAGAAGAUCUCACUUCUUCCACCGCCCGGAGUCAAAUCAACGACGAUCACAGCUGCGGGAACGGCUAAAGAAGAGGAAGAAAUGGAAGAAGACGUGGCGAAUUGUGUGGAGAGUUUGGCGAUGGCACCGUCGCAUCCAUGGUUCGCAGUUGGGAGGAACGAUGGAUCCAUGUGUAUCUAUGAAAUGGACUCGAAUGCGCCUAGAAGCAUUUUCCAGUCCAAUCAAAUGAUGGCAAUCGUAAAAGUGAUCUGGUCGAUGGAGGGCAAUGCGCCGUACGUCACAACUGGCUCGAUUGAUGGCACAGUGAGAGUGUUCGAUGCCCGAGAUAGUUCGCUGGUUAAGGAACUCCACAACGGCGGCGACGAAGUGCUCGACGUGCUGGUCAUUCAAUCGAACCCCCAUCGAAUUAUGACGGCUGGAAGUGGAGGCGUUGUUCGAGUCUUUGAUUUAAAUUAA